AUGAAUGAGACUUUGGUGGUAGUGCUGAGGCAAAGGGCGGGAACAGAGUCGCUGAAAGCAGCUAUGUUGAGGGCAGAGGAGCGAAUAAGCUCAUUAGAGUGGCACCUGGAAGAUUCAAGGAAGGAACUGGAGGAGUGUGAGAGAGCAGAAGCUGGGGUGAGAAGAGAAGUGCGCGAGACGCAAGAUGAACUGCAAGCACUGAAAAGGGAGCUGGAGCACGAGAGGGAGGAGAGGGGUGAGCGAGGUGAGAGAGCACAAGCUGAGCUAAACGAGCUGAGAACACAGGUGCAGGAGACGAAAGAUGAAGAGCAAGCACUGACAAGGGAGCUGGAGCAGCGUGAGAAGCUUGAGAGAACAGAAGCUGAGCUGAGUGAGCUGAGAAGGCAAGUGCAGGAGAUAAAAUCUAAAGAGCAAGCACUGACAAGGGAGCUGGAGCAAGAGAGGGAGGAGAGGAGCGGUGGGGAGACGCGUGAAGUUCGGGAGCAAAAGGGGAGAGAGUUGACGGAAGUGAAAGGGGAGUUGGCAGCAGUGAAACGAGAGGUAUGUGAGAACAAGGCUGCGUCUCAACGGAAGCUGAAUGAGAUGAGAAACAUCAUUGGUGCGGUGGAGCAGAGAAACGGCUGCACUGCUGCAAGCGUGGCGGAGAGGGAGAAGGAGUUGGCAGCAGUGAAGUUGCAGGUGGCGGAAGUGAGUGAGUUUAGUGAGGGCAAGUUGGCCACAGCGAGGCAGGAUUUGUCUCAAGAGAUUAUAGCGGAGGUGGAUGAGAUAAGGAUGAAGUUUCAGGAGAGAAACGCCAAGCUUGAAGCUGCGCUGAAGCGAAGGGAGAGGGAGUUUGCAGCAGUGAAGCAGCAGUUGGGUGAGUUGAGGAAGGCUGCAAAGCAAGAGGCGAAUGAACUGAGGGACAUAGUGGGAGCGUUGCAGGAAGGCAGUGAGGAUGCUGGUGCGAUGGUGAGGGAAGAAGGCGGAAGGCAGCUCAUCAAGCAAGGCUGCUGGAGUGGGAAUAGCAAGAGAUGGGAGCGGGAGCUGGUGAAGGAGAAAGGGGGACAUGGGAUUCGAGUUUUUGGUGAUGAGGUAGUGGAAGGGAAGGGGAGGAUGGGGAUGAGAAGAGAGAUGCAGAAGGGUGGAGGGAGGGAGAGGUGGGACAAUGCUCGAGUGCGAGCACGCAUGGUGAUGCCGAAUAAGGAGAUGGAUGCAUGGCAGGGGGAUUAUAUUGCGGGGAGAGAGCAAAGGCGGAAGCAAGGACAGGCGAUUGCAGAUAAAGCAGAAUGCCAGCGUCGUCGCCGUAACCUGAGCACGGCCUUUCUCCUCCUCUCGCUUGUUCUUGUUUCGUCUCUCCACGCGGCGUUGGCCUAUCGCUUCUCCGCGGGGCUCCGCGCGGACAAGCUGCGGGGGAUGAUGCGCGGAUGGGCGCGAGGCGGAAGCUCGACCGGCCAGCCGCCGCAGCAGCAGCAGCAGAGCGGCGGAAUCAGUGGAAGCGGUAUGGGCGGCGGCGGAAUGGGUGGCGGCGGAAUGGGUGGCGGCGGAAUGAGCGGCGGCGGAAUGGGCGGCGGCGGAACGGGUGGCGGCGGAAUGGGUGGUGGCGGAAUGGGCGGAAGCGGCAUGGGUGGUGGCGGAAUGAGUGGCGGUGGAAUGGGUGCCGGUGGAAUGGUUGGCGGUGGAAUGGGCGGAGGCGGAAUGGGCGGCGGCGGAAUGGGCGGCGGCGGAAUGGGCGGCGGUGGAAUGGGCGGCGGCGGCACUGGUGGCGGCGGAAUGGGCGGCGGCGGAAUGGGUGGCGGCGGAAUGGGCGGCGGCGGAAUGGGCGGCGGCGGAAUGGGCGGCGGUGGAAUGGGCGGCGGCGGCAUUGGUGGCGGCGGAAUGGGGGGCGGCGGGAUGGGUGGCGGCGGAAUGGGCGGCGGAGGCAUGGGUGGCGGCGGAAUGGGCGGCGGCGGAAUGGGCGGCGGCGGAAUGGGCGGCGGCGGAAUGGGCGGUGGCGGAAUGGGAGGGGGCACGGGCGGACCUGGUUCCUCUGCUCCAGGUUCGCAAUCAGCCAUGGGUCCUGGGGGAAACAUGGGUGGCGGCGGAAUGGGCGGCGGCGGAAUGGGUGGCGGCGGAAUGGGCGGAGGCGACAUGGGUGGCGGCGGAAUGAGCGGCGGAGGAAUGAUUGGCGGCGGAAUGGGCGGCGGCAGCAUGGGUGGCGGUGGCAUGGGCGGAGGCGGCGGCGGCGGAAUGGGCGGUGGCGGAAUGGGUGGCGGCGGAAUGGGCGGCGGCGGAAUGGGCGGCGGCGGAAUGGGCGGCGGCGGAAUGGGCGGCGGCGGAAUGGGCGGCGGCGGAAUGGGCGGCGGCGGAAUGGGCGGUGGCGGAAUGGGUGGCGGCGGAAUGGGCGGCGGCGGAAUGGGCGGCGGCAUGGGCGGACCUGGGUCGUCUGCUCCCGGAUCACAAGCAGCCAUGGGUCCUGGGGGAAACAUGGGCGGCGGCGGCAUGGGUGGCGGCGGAAUGGGUGGUGGCGGAAUGGGAGGCGGCGGAAUGGGCGGCGGAGGCAUGGGCGGCGGAGGAAUGGGCGGCGGAGGCAUGGGCGGGUCAGGGUGGUUUGCUCCAGGGUCGCAGGCAGCACCCGGCCAGGGUGGACCUGGGAUGGGCGGAGGGAUGGGCGGAGGGAUGGGGGGAGGGAUGGGGGGAGCUGGGGGCAACAUGGGAGGCGGGAUGGGUGGACCAGGGCCGUUUUCUCCUUGA